AAAAAUAGACGAACGAAUAGAAAGUUUUAAAGUAAAAUGACAUGAAAGCUAACUGCAAACAAAGUACAUCAAUGGAAUAUAUGAUUAAGAAAAGUUUUUUUCUAAAUUUGUUUAUAUACUUUUCUUUGUGUUUCAUUUUUAUCUCUUAUCAUGAAUGCAAGUUUUCAUCCUUCAUAAAUUCAAAUGAUGUAAAAGCAAAUGUAACUUUUGUAUCUAUGAGUAGAAUUGCUGAAGCACGCUUAGUAUCCGAUUUUAUACUACUAAAUAUAAGUGUUUCACAUCAAUCGCAGUGUAUGAAUAAAUGCACUAAAACUACAAACUGUACUUCGUAUAAUAUUUUUAAAGAAAGUCAAAAUAUGUUUCAAUGUCAAUUAUUAUCAGAUAACAAAUAUUCAAAUUCAAAUCAGUUGGAAAAAAUAGUUGGAUGGUCUCAUGUCAGUAUACAGAGUAUUCCGUGUGAUAGAUCACCUUGCAAAAACAACGGUACCUGCAAACCUGACUAUACUGAAAACAGCUUUUUUUGCAUUUGUUCAGCAAAAUAUCUUGGGGAAUUUUGUGAAACAGAGAUGAACAAAAUAAUCUCUUUACAUCUGAACAACUUGGGAUGUUGGAAAGACGAUUUAAAUAAAGCUAUGGUACCGCUUGAAGGAUCAUCAUCAGUAUUGAUUGGAUAUUAUCAAAGUCGUUUAAAUUCUAUUGAAAUGUGUUAUCUAGCUGCCAAAGAACGAGGUUUUCCAAUAUUUGCCGUUCAAGAUGGAGGCUAUUGUUCUGCUAGCAUCGAUGAUUUGUACAAAAAAAAUGGCCUUUCAAAUACCUGUAAAAAGGAUGGAAAAGGAGGAGUAACAUCCAAUCAAGUAUAUUUAGUUACUGAAAAAUUGUUAUAUAAUUAUGGAGGUUGUUGGAAAGACAGUUCGCCUUACAGAGCAGCAAAAUCUUUAGAAGGUUUAAAUUCAGGUCUUAGCGGUUUAUAUAAAUACCGUUCAAAUGCUAUUACAAAAUGUUAUAAUGCAGCAUUUGAUCUUAACUUUGAAUAUUUUGCAAUUCAGGACAGUGGACAAUGCUUUGCUGGAAACAGCAGUUCUUACAAAAUUUAUGGAAACGCAAAUAAUUGUAAUGCAGAUGGUAAAGGUGGUUCUUUAGCUAAUGCAGUUUAUAUUAUUAACUAUUAAAUAAACUUUAUCCAUUGAAUUUUGAGCACUAACCUUUUUUAUUUUUUUUUCCA